CUAGUUAUCUAUUAAAUCAACCCGUUAUCACAAGAAAACAUACAGAUGUUCACUACCAUUACUUGUAGCCUCAUGUUCAUCAGGUCAGAACUGCCAUGCCAGCGUGCAUGGUGUCUUGACAAUUGUUUUUUUUUUUUUUUUUAAUACCUUAAAAAACCAAAUAAAGAAACUGUCUUUGAUUUCAUGACUGAAUAAACUGAAAUAAGGACAAGGUCAUGAGACAACACAAUUUCAUGCUGUUUAACUUUGUUUAUAUUUGGUGGACCCAAAUAGUUUCAGUGUUCCGGGACCUUAUUUUCCUCUUGAGAACAGCUUGUAAAUAUUGAAAUUCUCAAGAACUACUUGCAUGAGUGACUUUCACUUUUACCAAAAUAGUAUUUUAACACAAUAUAUAUUUACUUUUACUCCUUUAUGACUUUUGAGUACUUUACAACUGUAUACUGUAUACGUUUAUGACAUAUGACAUUUUGCGGGGCCUUUUUAUGGGCCCAAAGUGACGGUUGACCUUUUCCUGAUGGUGUGGAUACUUCUGACUGAUGACUGGCCCAUUCUGAAGACAAUCUGCAGGAUGAUUACGGUGGUCUUCUGUCUGCAGGCGCCGGCUUGAAAACAUGUGUUGACUUUCUCCAAACACUGUGAACACUGUAAUUGGCAAAGGUAGCAAGGCAGGCAGGCUGGAACAGACAAAGGAAAAAAUGUGUGAGGAUGACGAGUGUAGGCAAAUAGCAGGGUUUGUAAUACCCUGUACUUGUUGAAACAGUGUGUAAAGGACAAAAGAAUGCAGCGGCGGAACAAAUUUGCAUUUUAAACUGUAACCACUUAAACCGUGAUUGUUGUAUCUGAGAAGAAACACAUCCGCAAUUACAGCGUCUUGUCUGACUCGUCUCUAUACGCUUACCCCUACACAUUCUCCAUAACCUCACCUCAAAGGUAAUAAAUUGCCAUGCCAGCCUUUCGGGGGCUGUGCUAAUGAUAAGCCGUGACACAGUAAAGAAAAACAAGGUUGUUAAAAAGCAGAUGUUUGCACCGGCACACAGAUGGGAUUGAUAUUGACAUGGCCGGAGGUGAUACUGUACGGUUACUACAGGCAUGUGGAAAAAUGUAUGUAUGUGCUCCUAAUGAGACUGGGUGGUGCGUAGGGAGAGGGGAUAUUCACUCAAUACCAACAACAUGUCUCAUUCAGUCUGAGAAACACACAGGCGGCGUGAACAAGGGAGGAGGCAUCAUCUCUUAUCAACCUCCUGUGAUCAUGCAGACAGUGGCAUUACUCCUCAUAAUGGGACUGAUGGAUCUGAGCACUGGCCAGCAUUAUAGUCAGCUCCAGUGGCUGUCCCAUCUGCGAGGGCGGCGACGGCAUGCCAGCUUGCAGUCCGACGAAGCGGACUGCCCCCUGGAGUGUGACUGCCCUUCGACCUACCCCACGGCUAUGUACUGCCACAGCCGCAAUCUCCAGCACGUCCCAUAUGUCCCUUCACAUAUCAAGUACGUCUACCUGCAGCGUAACCAAAUCACAGGCAUUCAGGAUGGGGUGUUCGACAACGCUACGAGCCUAGUCUGGGUUGUGCUGUUUCACAACCAGCUCAACUCAGACAAAAUUGGCAAGAAUGUGUUCAGCAAGCUCAGGAACCUGGACCGGCUCUUCCUGGAGCACAACGAGCUCACACGUGUGCCUGCCAACUUGCCGAAGUCUAUCACAGACCUGCGACUUGGUCACAAUAAGAUCUCGAAAAUCCAGUCCAGCUCAUUCGAGGGGAUGGCCGACCUCAACACCCUUCAGCUCCACGCAAAUGUCAUCGAGGAUGUUGGAGGUGUGUUCAAGGGACUGAAAUCUCUCCACAUGCUGGAUAUGAGGAAAAACAGGCUGAGGAAGAUCCCUGACAGCCUUCCCGAGAGGCUCCAGCAGCUCUACUUGGAGUUUAAUAACAUAGAGAGCGUGCCGACGGGCUUUCUCACCAUGUAUCCCAAACUGCAGUUUGUCCGGUUGGCUCACAACAAGCUGACUGAUAAAGGACUUCCCUCCAAUGUCUUCAACAUCAGCACGCUGGUCGAGCUCGACCUGUCUUUCAAUAAACUGGAGAAAAUCCCUGUUGUCAGUGGGAACCUGGAGAACCUUUAUUUACAAGCCAAUAAGAUCAAAGAGUUCUCCCUGAGCAGUUUCUGCAGCUCAGUCGACAUGACAAACUUCUCCAAGCUGAGAAUGCUGCGUUUGGAUGCCAAUGAGAUCAGUGCCAAAGACAUUCCUGCUGAGGCGGCCUACUGUUUGCGGCACGUUGCCUUUAUUGAUGUGUAGCGCUUCCUGGUCUCUGUAACUGAUAUGCCUUAAGUCAUCCAGGGUUUUUGGUUUUUUUUAAUUUAUUUUUUUUAUUGCCCCAUCUCCAGUCUUGUUGUCAAUUGAUUUACCAUGUAUUGUUCACAGCAGACGCGAUCAAAACAUUUUUCGAGAUGAUACACAUUGUGACACUGUUAUGAAAGCUGUUAUUAGUAGUAUUCCAAAUGAUUGAACAGUUCCAGUAUGAGUCAGCCGGACUUUUCCACAGUCGUAAAAUCACUUAGCCAGAUGACAAGCAUAUGGAUCACAGAGAGCGGUGAGAAAAAGACCAGAUGACUGACAUCUCUUCAAAAAACUAUUCAGUUUAUCAGCUCCAGUAUUCUGGCAAAAAUAUUUUAAAAAAUGGAACACGCAGCUCAAACUCUGUCUGUUGAAAGAUUAAAUUUGGACCUCCAGAUGUUCCUAGUGACUUUAAAAGAUUAUAGGUAAGGCUUUGGUAAAAAAAUGCUCUUUAAAUACAUAGGAUUGCUGAUUACUAAAUAUUUUUCAUAAUAGCAGCAUAUAGCAGGCAGAGAGACACCUUGUACAGGACGUUACUGGGGCUCUUUUUGCAUCAUUAUUAUACAACAGGUGUUUGCUUUUGGCCCGUCCCCAACCAUCAUGUUUUUGGUUUUGGCCCUGUAGGGGGAAAAGGUUUUGGUGGUCUCUACCUUGAAGCAAAAUAGCUGUAGGUGAUGACAGCAAAUUCUUCUUUUGCCACGUCUGAAGAGUAACCUGUGUACAGCUGCUAAUCAUCAACGAGGGGGCUCGGUUUGGAUCUUUGCCUCCACCAUGUGGCACCGGAUGAUAAAACAGCGAGUGGAGCAGCAAUUAAUAGCUGUCAUCAGUGAAGUGCCAACAUUAACAUCAGUGAUUUACAUUCAGUAAUACGUUUAUUCUUGAUUGUGCAGCAUCUAUAUCUAUAGAAUACUUGUGUUUAAAGAGUUUUCAAUCUACAUUUUAAGAUUUUAAAGUUAGAUGAUCAAGUGUCGAGUUUGUGAAUUCCUAUUUGAAUUAUGCAUCGAUAAUCCUUAGAAGUUUCGAGACCACUGCGUUUAAUCACUGUUAGCUUUAUUUUGUUAACUCUAUCUACAUUUCUGUAACCUAAGGGCACCCACUGUUUGGGGCAUUGUUUCUGAGCCAAUUUGUAUUUUACUGUAUAUCAUAGAUGAAUGUGUACUCGACAGAUGGGUGACGUCACUGAGCAGAUUUCAGGAUUUCCAACGGUCUCUCUCAGCUAUGAAUUGCUCAUUGUCACACCAAAUAAAUCUGCUUUGUACCUUUAAUUACCUUUAACGUUUCCAAAGUUGUUUGUUUGCAAAAGGUUGACACCAAUAUUUAUUCCAGCAACAACAUGUUCUUUCACCCUUAAUUCGAAGUUGUAAAAAUGGC